AUGUUGUCAAGAGCCAUCAUAAGAAAUGCAAAUGAUGGGGCAAAAAUGGGUUUUUCGAGGUGUUUGUCUGGUUGGAGCAGAACAGUAUUAGACGUGGGUGAUAAAGAUGGAGAACUGAGAGUGUUCAUGGUUGCUGGGGAGGUCUCAGGGGACACUAUUGCUUCUCGCCUUAUGGCUUCUUUGAAGAAGCUCUCUCCUCUUCCCAUUCGUUUUUCUGGUGUUGGAGGGCCCAGGAUGUCCAAGGAAGGGUUGGAAUCUUUGUUCCCUAUGGAGGAUAUCUCAGUGAUGGGGAUAUGGGAAUUGUUGCCACGUCUUAAUAAGUUUAGAGUGAGAUUGAAGGAAGCAAUUGAGGGUGCUAUUUUAUUUCAGCCUCAUGUUGUUGUGACUGUGGAUUCCAAGGGAUUUUCUUUUCGUCUUCUAAAGCAGCUGAGAGCUAGAUAUGGUCGGCAAGGAUUGAAUAGUCCUCUGCAUUUUCAUUAUGUGGCGCCUUCAUUUUGGGCGUGGAAAGGGGGAGAAGCAAGGCUCAAAGGCCUGACUAAUUUUGUGGAUCACAUCUUUUGCAUACUCCCAAAUGAGGAAGCAGUUUGUAAGUUAAAUGGAUUAGCUGCAACCUUUGUGGGCCAUCCCGUUCUGGAAGACAUUUUGGAAUUUAAUUCGGGAAAGCAAACCUCAUCAUAUGACUGGAAGAUAGAAGGAAGUUGUGAAGAUUUCCAAAGGAAAUACACAUUAUCAUCAGGUGCUAUGGUCAUCUCCUUGCUUCCUGGAAGCAGAUUACAAGAGGUCACCCGGAUGCUUUCAAUUUUUGCACACACUGUUGAUCAGUUAAAAGACUCCAUUCCUGAAUUAAUUACCGCAAUCCAUGUGGCUCCUAAUCAGCAUGUGGAGAAUUACAUCGACGGAGUCAUUCGUAAGUGGCCUGUGCCAGCUAUAUUGAUUCCUGGAGGACAUCAACAACUGAAAUAUGAUGUGUUCAGUGCCAGCAGGAUUGCAUUAUGUACUUCAGGAACAGCGGCAAUGGAGUUGCAGCUUGCACGCUUACCAUGUGUUGUUGCCUAUCGAGCCCAUAUCAUAACUGAAUGGUAUAUUCAAUAUAAAGCAAAGGUACCUUACAUUUCUCUUCCCAAUAUUCUCACAGAUUCAGCUAUAAUCCCCGAAGCUCUCUUUCAAGCAUGCACACCUACAAAUCUAGCCUCACUGCUUAUGAAACUAAUACAUAACAAGAAACUUCAAGAAGAACAGAUUGUUGCUGCCGAAAAUGUAAUCAAACUUCUGUUUCCUUCAAAAAGAUUUAUAAACAACUUGGAAGAACAGACGGAAUGGAAUUUGCCAAACUGCACCCCAAAGGAAUCGGAUCCUGUUCAGUGUAAGUGUAGUGAUGGUUGCUCCCUCCACGUUCCAGCUUGCUCGUACCACAAUUUCAGAAUGGCUGAAAGUAUGUUUAAAGUAACAGUUGUAUGGAGGAGGAACAAGUAUAUUGUGGAAAUGAACGCAGAUGCUUCUGUCAAGGAUCUAGGGGAUGGACUGCAGAAAUUGACAGAUAUCAAGGCAGAUACCAUGCGACUCAUUGUUCCGCAACUUUCUAACAAAAGCUCAAAACUGCUGUUCCCUUUCUCUGAUGAACACUCACACCUAAGCUUACAAGAAUUUUCCAUUAUGGAGGGAAAGUCUAUCAGAAUGAUGGGAGUGUCUGAAGAUGAAGUUGAUAAAUUUCUACAAAAUGCCAAGGUUGACCUGAGAAUCGCUGGAUUUGAUGAAGAGGAAAAAAGAAUGAGGCAGCGAAUUUCAGAUAGGCCUCAUGCUAAGCUUAAACUUCCACAAGGACCUUAUAUCUUUUGUGAUUUUCGUACACUUCAAAUUCCUGGAGUUGAGCUAAGCCCUCCUGCUUCAGAGGCUUUGAAAAGGAUGCAUAUGCUUGCUGCUGAUCCUGGAAUUGUUGCAAUAAUGAACAAGCAUCGUUGGCGCAUAGGAAUUUUGACUGAGAUGGCCCCAGUUGGUUAUGUUGGUGUGAGCCCCAAAUGCAUUCUUGGUUUGAACAAGAAUCAUGGGGAGGAGAUAUCUCUGCGUCUUCGAACCGAUGACCUCAAGGGUUUCAGGAAAUAUGAAAGCAUCAAGAAAACUCUUCUGCAUGAACUUGCUCACAUGGUAUACUCAGAACAUGAUGCGAACUUUUAUGCUUUGGAUAAACAGCUGAACCAUGAAGCUGCCAGUUUAGAUUGGACUAAAUCAAGGGGGCACACCUUGAGUGGAGUCAAUCAUCUAGACCAUUACAGCGAAGAUUUCUACGUUUCAGACAGUAGAAGCUCUUCUCUGAAGCUUGGGGGAACUGUGUCAGAUCAACUGGCUAGUGUCCGUGCAUCUUCUGUGGCUGCUGCUUAUCGUCGUUUAGCAAAUGCUUCUUCAAACAAUUUGGGAGUCUCUGAAGUACAUGAAGAACCUGACCCAGAUGAUUCAAUUUUCAAGAUGAGUAAAGGACCCAGUACCAAGGAUUAUGCAGAAAAAGAAAAUGUAGAUAGUGAAAAUCAAUAUGAAACUCAAUGGAAACCUCUCCAUCAGCCUGAUCCUGAUGAACAUUCUUUUUAUCAAAACCAGAAUGAACCCGACCCUGAUGAUUCUCAUGGUAAUCACCGUGAGAUUAUGGACAUCCUGAAUGGUGGUAUUCACCCUGGCAAAGCCAUUGAUGAACCUGACCCUGAUGAUUCUUGUGGUAAUCACCGUGAGAUGUUGGACAUCCUAAAUGGUGGCAUUCACCAUGGCAAAACCAUUGAUGAACCUGACCCUGAUGAUUCUCAUGGUAAUCAUCAUGAGAUGAUGAACAUUCUGAAUGGUGGUAUUCGCACUGGCAAAACCAUUGAUGAACCUGACCCUGAUGAUUCUCAUGGUAAUCACCGUGAGAUGAUGGACAUCCUAAAUGGUGGGAUUCACCAUAGCAAAACCAUUGAUGAACCUGACCCUGAUGAUUCUCAUGAUAAUCACCGUGAGAUGAUGGAUAUCCUGAAUGGUGGUAUUCACCCUGGCAAAACCAUUGAUGAACCCGACCCUGAUGAUUCUCUAGUAACUGAAAGCAUUGAAGACCAACCCCAUCUAAAUAAAGCUUAUAAAGAACCUGAUCCUGACGAGUCUGAAACAAAUCAAGUAGUUCAGGCUGAGCCUGAUCCUGAUGAUGAUUUGACAGUGUCAGAUGAAGUAUCUAGGAUGCAAAUUGAUGAACCAGAUCCAGAUGAUCAAGAAUUAUGGAGAAUCCAAGAUCCUGUUACUGUUGUAUGUAGCCGCCUGCAGAAGGCAAUUGAGACACUGAGAGCUGAAUUGAAGGCCACAGAAGCAACCUCCGCUUUGCAAACUCUUUUUAGGAUAAUUAGGAAUGUGAUCGAACACCCAGACCAGUUGAAAUUCAAAAGACUCCGCAAGGCUAAUCCCAUAAUCCAGAAAAAUGUUGCCAACCACCAAGCUGCAGUGGAAAUUCUUCAUGUGGUUGGAUUUAGUGAAGAUGUUGGUUAUGAUGAAACUGGGAAGGCUGAUGCUUAUUUAGUGCUGAAGCGGAAUGAUCCAGGCUUGUUGUGGCUUGCCAAGUCAUCCCUUGAAGCAUGCAUGGCCUAG